CCUCUCCUCUCCUCUUCCCCCAAUCCCAAUCCCUUUCCCCACUCCCCCCCUCCCUCUCGAGUCUCGACGAAGCGAGGAAGGGAUAGAAUCCCCCCAAAUCCCCCAACGCGAGCUCCAAACCCUAGCGCCGCAAAGGCGGGCGACGGUUUCCCUCUCCUCGAUCCGCCGCGCGGGGCUCCGGUGUUGAAGCCCGCACCCUCCCCGCGGCGGCGGUUGCGGCGCGGGCGAGAGGGAGGGGGAGAGAGGGGCGCCUCUCCUCUCUCGGCGGGAGGGUUUCUCGAUCUGGAAGGCUCACACCUGGCGGCUCCUCGGUGCCCCGCGCCCGGAUCUGCAGCGAUCUGGGAGGGGGCGGCUCCGGCGAUGGCGAUCCUGGCGUGGUAGCGCCCGCCCCCACAAUUCGGAGGCCUUCCCCCGGUUGGUGUGGUGGAGGGAGGGAGAGGGCGGGUUUCUCUUCGUGCGGGCUCUUUACCUCCGGUGGUGGCUUCUUUGGCGGCUGCGUUUUAGGAGAGCGGCCGCCCGGCAGGGCGGCGGAGACACGAAAGUGCUGCUUGCUUGUACACUUGUUCAUGUGUCUAUCUGUUUUCUCGAUUUGUUCCGGUUUAAAGCAUCAGUUUUCCGCUCAAUUUAAGGGCGAAGGCAAAAUUUUUUGUUAUUUACUGCUGUUCUCUAUCGAAUAAUCUGCUCUAUUACAGAAGAAGAGGGGGGGGGGGAAAAGCCAACAAAAAAAAUAGAAAGAAAAACAAAAAAAAUAAAAAGAUAAAUUCAGAAGAAAAGAAAAAAAAACUGAGUGGGCAUUAUGGCUGUAUAUUACAAGUUCAAGAGUGCCAGAGAUUAUGACUCGAUUCCGAUCGAGGGGCAAUUCAUCUCGGUUGCCAACCUGAAGGAGCGGAUUUUUGAGUCCAAGCAUCUUGGGAGAGGCACAGAUUUUGACCUCAUGAUUUCAAAUGCGCAGACCGACGAAGAAUAUGCUGAUGAAGCUACUAUGAUACCAAAGAACACAUCGGUGUUGAUUCGUCGGAUACCAGGAAGACCAAGGAAGCCUAUUGUAACAGAACCAGAAGAGACAAAAGCCAUGGAAGGUAGGGUAGAAGAAACCAUGCCUUCUGGUAGUGCUUUUCUUGCUGAUGCAUCUAUGAAAUAUCCUGAAGAAUCUGAGUGGGAUGACGAGUUUGGCAAUGAUUUAUAUGUUUCUGAUUCAGUCCCUUCACAGCUCGGUAGCCAGGCGGUUGAUGCAUCUGAAAAUAAAGUUGAUGAAGAUAGUAAAAUAAAAGCACUUAUUGAUACAUCUGCACUCGACUAUAGUCAAAUUCCUGAUGGGUAUGGUGGUGGAAGAGGCUAUGGAAGAGGGAUGGGUGGAAGAAUGAUGGGUGGUCGUGGUUUUGGACGUGGUGGUCUGGAACGUAGGACACCUCCUGCAGGCUAUGUCUGUCAUAGAUGUAAAGUGCCUGGUCAUUUCAUUCAACAUUGCCCAACAAAUGGUGAUGCUAGAUUUGACAUGAAAAGGAUGAAACCUCCAACUGGCAUUCCAAAAUCUAUGUUGAUGGCAACCCCAGAUGGCUCAUAUGCACUACCAAGUGGGGCUGGUGCUGUCUUGAAGCCAAAUGAAGCUGCUUUUGAGAAGGAGAUAGAGGGAUUACCCACAACCCGCUCACUUGGUGAUCUUCCACCAGAGUUACGUUGCCCAUUGUGUAAAGAAGUAAUGAAGGAUGCUGUUCUAACUAGUAAAUGCUGCUUUAGGAGUUUCUGUGAUAAAUGCAUUAGGGACUACAUUAUAAACAAGUCAAUGUGUGUCUGUGGUGCCACAAGCAUAUUAGCAGACGAUCUUCUCCCCAAUAAAACUCUAAGAGAAACCAUCAGCCGGAUAUUAGAGGCACCACCAACUAGCAGUACAGAAAAUGUGGGAAGCAUGGUGCAAGUACAGGAUAUGGAGUCAGCUAUUCCUGUACAGCCCAAGGUUAGGUCUCCAGCUGUUUCUGCUGCUUCAAAGGAAGAACCAAAAAGAACACCUGCACCUGUAGAAGAGUCUCCAGAUGUUGAGAGCCAUAGCGAAGUGAAAACUACAAAUGUUGAUAUGAGUUCUUCAGAUAAGAAGGUCCCCGCAUUACCAGAUGUUGUUGAAGGAACCAUGGAGUCUAAAAUUCUGAAAGAAAAAACACCAGAAGCAACACCUGUUGUGAAAGAGUCACAGGAAAAAAUGCCUGUUGUGGGCGAACAAGUCGUAAAGAAAAAGAAGAAGAAGAAGGUGCGCGCACCAGGAAAUGCUGAGGACUGGAAACCCUAUCAGGACUUUGGAGCUGAAAAUUUUGCUGGAAUGCCUAUGGGUCCGGCAGGAGGCUUCAACCCUUACUGGGGAGGGGGGAUGCCAUUGCCAAUGGAUUACAUGGGUGCGCCAUUUCCUGGUCCCAUGCCAUACAUGGGUUAUCCACCAGGUCCUUUCGACCCUUUUGGUGGGGGAGUCCUCCCACAAGAUCCAUUUAUGCCCCCAGGAUACAUGAUGCCAGCAGUUCCUAGGGACCUUUCUGAAUUAGCAGUUAACAGUAUGGGAAUGAAUAUGGGUCCACCGGUUGUUAGCAGGGAUGAAUUUGAGCUCCGAAAGCCUGAUAAUAGGAGGAGACGUGAAAUGGAGCGAUUCAAUGAAAGGGAGAGGGAGCGUGGACAUUCCCGCGAGAGAGAAAGAGAAAGGGAGAGGGAGAGGGAGAGGGAGAGGGAGAGGGAAAGGGAAAGGGAAAGAGAGAGGGACAGAGACCAAAAUCGAGAUCGCGAUCGAGACCAAGAGCGGGAUCGGGAUCGGGAGCGAGACAGGGAAAGAGAAUCUCGAAGGGAAGCGAGGGAAUCAUCCGGAGCCAAUAACGAUAGUACUACCUCAAUGAGGCCGAAGGCUAGGUCAAGGUCGUCGCAGCCGGCGGACAGGUCGGCGCCGCCUCCGCCGGCGAGCCCCGACCGCCACUCCCGGCGCUCCCCGCACCGCUCCUCCGGCUCCGGCAAGAAGCGCUCCUCCUCCGACCGCUACGACGACCUGCCCCUCCCGCCGCCUCCGCCGCCCGCGUCGCGCCACGAGGCGGCCGAGCACGCCCACGCGAAGAAUACGGCGGCGGCGGCCGACGCGCGGUCCAAGGCCAAGGGCAGCGUCUUCUCCCGCAUCAGCUUCCCCGGCGGCGACGGCAACCCUUCCGACGCCAAGCGCAGCCGCAGGUCCUCCUCCGACAAGCCCCCGGCGUCCUCUUCUUCCUCCUCCAAGAAAGCACGUGCCGCUGUGGCGGAGGACAACGACGGCCGCCACCACCGCCGCCACCACCGUGAGGCGGCCGCCGCGGCGGAAGAGAGGCGGAGGCCCGCGGCCGGAGACUACUACGGCGAGGAGGAGGAGGACGACGAGAGCGAGGAGGAGCAGCAUUUCAAGCGGCGCCCCUCGUCGUCGUCCAGGCGGGAGCGGGAGCAUCAGGAGGCGCAGGAGGAGCCGCGGCGGUCCAGGGAGCGCCGCGGCGGCGGCAGCGACGGCAACCACCACCACAACCAUGGCGGUGGCGGCGGCCACAAGCGCCGGUGAGAGCUGAGACCCGCCGUCGUCCUCCCUGCCGCUGGCAGCUCGUCGAUCUUUUCUCCGUCGACGAGUAGUAGAAUCAGCUUAUCUGUGUGUGGUCGCCGGAAUAUUUCCUCCCUUUGCCGGCGAUGAGUAGAAACAGCUUAUCUGUGUCGUCGCCGGCAGUGCUUGUCGGUCUUGUACAUUUUCUCCCUGAGAAUUAACUUAAAUUAAUCCUGCUGUUUUUGCUAUAAUCCAAUCAAACCAGAUCGUGAUUAUACAAUAAGCAUGCUUUCUAGGGCACCUUAAAUAUUUUCUUCA